GCAGGCCCGCCCGGGAGCCGCGAUGCCGUUCCCCAGCUCCGGCGCGGACGAUGCCUUCGACUACUUGUUCAAGAUCAUCCUGAUCGGGGACUCCAACGUGGGGAAGACCUGCGUGGUGCACCGCUUCAAGACGGGGCAGUACAACGAGAAGCAGCAGAACACCAUCGGCGUCGACUUCACCGUGCGCUCGAUGGACAUCGACGGCAAGAAAGUAAAGAUCCAAGUGUGGGACACAGCUGGCCAAGAACGCUUCCGGACAAUAACCCAGUCUUAUUACAGGAGUGCCCAUGGGGCCAUCCUUGCCUAUGACCUUACUAGGAGGUCCACAUUUGAAUCCAUUCCUCACUGGAUUCAUGAAAUUGAAAAGUAUGGUGCUGCAAACUUGGUCAUGAUGUUAAUUGGGAACAAAUCAGACUCACUGGAUAAGCGCCAGGUCCUGUUUGAAGAUGCCUGCACGCUGGCAGAGAAGCACGGGCUCUUAGCUGUACUGGAGACAUCAGCAAAAGAAGCUCAAAACAUAGAAGAGGUGUUCAUGUUAAUGGCUAAGGAGCUAAUAGCCCGAAAUACCUUACAGCUUCAUGGAGAGAACCCUCCAAACAGCUUCUGUCUUGAUUCCAAGCCAGUGAUUGCCAGUCCAAGUGUGGAGAAGGCCCAGUGCCCCUGUUGAAGAGAAACUUCAGGAAGAGCUUGGAAAUUGUCAUUCUUCUGAGGCUGUUUGAUGCAAUUGUAUUCAAUUGAUGAAAGUGUCCUCUCUGGCCUCAAGCCAUGUCUCUUGAUAUCUCUACCUUGGAGUUUGGCUUGUAAGUAUUUUCAGAGAUCAUUGUUGCUGUUGGUAGCACAGGUUGCUUUAAACGUGGCAAUGAGCUGAGAGGACUCAGGAAGCUGCCAGCCCUUGCCUUAAUCAAAGAGAACUAUAAAAACUAUUGCCUUUAAUUAUAGCCUUUGAAUGUUUUUCUGGCUGUGUCAGAAGAUGAAUUUGCACCGGAGCUGUGUGUUAAUUUGACCCUUCUGAGCUAUGUUGCUGGUUCUAAGUGCAAGCACUUUCCGCUCUGCCCGUAGCUGUAAGAAGUCUGACACAUGCUGCUUAAACUUUCAUUUAGGGGCUGUCCUGAUGUCAGGCAUGUAGCCACUCAUCCCAAGGGACUUAAUAACAUUUGUGAAAGAACAAGUGGAGACAUCCCUGGGGUUACAUGGCAGGCAGAACAGGAUACACUUCUUCCUGGGGUCUAACAGGCUCCCUUCUCCUCCUUCAAGAAACUAGUCUUAAACACCUCCCCAUUGUGCAACUAAACCAGGAGCAUGACCUCUUCUGGUUGGUUCUGUUUGGCAUCUUCCACACGGCCUUUGGGCAGUUACACUGAAUGGUUUCUGCAGGGACACUUUUCAAGCUGUCCUCGCCUGAAUGAAGAACAAGCUGCAGCAGUUGCUAACAAGGUUCUUCAGAGAGUAUACUGGUAAUGGUAUUAUUCAUGAGGUAAUACAUGAAGCCAUAAACUUUAAAAAAAACCCCUUUACUGUGGCAUGUUAUUAUAGACUGUGAGAACCACUAGAUUAAAAUACAAACUCGGUGUAA